AUGGCCAUGGGAACUCAAGGACUACUGCUAUGUGUGAUCUGUACUCUGAUCCUUUCUCUGCCCGACGCUGGAGGCGCUGAAUUUGUGCCCAAGCCGCAGAAGACGGUAUACCCACAACUGCAGAUGCGCACCAUCAAGUCGCCGCAUCGAUUCUCGAAGGGAUUGUCGACAAUGCAAGUUCCUACAAUGAGAAAAAUGCUUCAAUCGGAUCUUCCACUGUGUGAAUGGUCAGAUGAAGAGUGUGAGCCCCGCAUAGAGCUGAAUACACCGGAUCCUCAGGCCUCACAGUUUUUCAACACUAUCGAAAUGUGUGCAAACAUAACUCUCAGAGAGGACUGCCUGGGUGUGCCCGAGUGCUUCUGGGUUGGUGCAGAUGGCACGUGCAGCGUCGACUUCGUUGCAGGCAUCCGGGAUUGCUUGGUACCUGAGUACGCGGUUCUCAUUAGGGCUGGCCAAUGCCCGAGAGUGCACCGGGAAAUUGACUGCAACUCUCUGCCAGGAUGUUCUUGGAACGCGGUGGAUGGGAAAUGCGAAGUCGAUUUCGAGCCAGUUCAGGAGGCGUUCGAUUCGAAUGGCCAAUUGUCACAAGCCUACGGCAUCCACAUCCAGUGCCUGGAUUCCAAUGCAUGCGGCAUACCCUGCACGUCACUGGGACAAGACCGCUGUGGCUAUCUCCCUUUCGUCGAUGUGUCGCAAUGGUUUUCUGCCAGGGCGACCUCUGCAUUGUGCCGAUACAUGGAGGAGAAUUUUCGCUGUGAGUACACUUUAACCGAAGCAGCGUGCGAUGGAGAGUGCGAGAUCGACGAGGAUGGUGAAUGUUCUCAAACGCAUAUUGCGGCCAUUGACAUCCUUUACGAAUCUUCAGAAGCUCGAAAAGCGGAGAUGCUGGGCGCUCUCGAUUCAUGCCCCAUCAUAGAUGACCCGGAAGCAUGCAAUGCAUUCACUGGCACUCCAUAG